UUCCCACGAACGGAUAUUAUCUCAUCUUAAUUUCCGGGUGUCACAUUAAUUUGUGUCCCCAAAAUGGCGAACGUAGCUUCAGCUGCUGCUGCUGCUGCUGCUGCCGCUGCUGCCGCGAAUAGAGAUCCAGCUGUUGAUCGUUCAUUAAGAUCAGUAUUUGUGGGGAACAUCCCGUAUGAAGCCACAGAGGAACAGCUGAAAGACAUCUUUUCUGAAGUCGGACUUGUUGUCAGCUUCAGGUUAGUAUAUGACAGGGAGACAGGAAAGCCAAAAGGGUAUGGCUUCUGUGAGUAUCAAGACCAGGAGACGGCCCUCAGUGCCAUGCGGAACCUGAACGGCAGAGAGUUUAGUGGUCGGGCUCUCCGUGUUGAUAACGCAGCCAGUGAGAAAAACAAGGAAGAGCUCAAAAGUUUGGGAACAGGAGCCCCCAUUAUCGAGUCUCCUUAUGGAGAUAGCAUCCAGCCACAGGAAGCCCCAGAGUCCAUCAGCAGAGCUGUGGCCAGCCUGCCGCCCGAGCAGAUGUUUGAGCUUAUGAAACAGAUGAAGCUGUGUGUGCAGAACAGUCCUCAGGAGGCCAGGAACAUGCUGCUGCAGAACCCUCAGCUGGCCUAUGCUCUGCUGCAGGCCCAAGUAGUCAUGCGGAUUGUUGACCCUGAGAUAGCCUUGAAAAUGCUCCACCGUCAAACUUCGGUCCCGCCUCUGAUUACCAGCGGGCAGGGUGGAGGAGCACCUCCAGUCAACCCCUCCCCUGCACAGCCCAGCGUGCCAGUGUCUCAGCCACAGACUGUGCCUGGAAUGCAUGUCAACGGAGCCCCUCAAAUGAUGCAGCCCCCCAAUAUGGGCGUUGUCCCCGGCCCAAUGGCAGUACCAGGACCGGGACCAGUACCAGUGGGACCUCCAGGACCAGGUGGGAUCCCCCCCAGAGGCCUGCUGGGAGAUGGUCCUAAUGAUCCCAGAGGAGGAACUCUGCUGUCCGUCACUGGAGAGGUCAUAGACCCCAACCGGGGUUACAUGGGCGCUCCGCCGCCACACCAAGCCCCACCUGUACACAUGGCCCCAAUGGCAGGUGGACCCCCUCCGGACAUGAGAGGACCUCCAAUGGACAUGAGAGGCCCGCCCAUGGGUGAACCACGAAACAUGAUGGGUGAUCCCAGAGGGCCCCCGAUGAUGGAGCCACGGGGACCUCCGAUGGAAACCAGAGGUCGUGACCCGAGGGCGAUGGACGCUCGCGGUCCAGUGACUGGGCAGAGGGUUCCCAUGGCAGUAGGGAUGCCAGGCCCUGUUCCUCAUAACAUGGGUCCUAAUGCUCCUCCACCUGCGAGACAGGGUCCUGGGAUUUCUGGUGUUCCUCCAUCAGGAGGAGGCUUCAGUCCAGGGCAGAACCAAGUCUCCACACAGGACCAGGAGAAGGCUGCCCUGAUCAUGCAGGUCCUGCAGCUGACCCCAGAACAGAUUGCCAUGUUGCCCCCAGAGCAGCGACAGAGCAUCCUCAUCCUCAAAGAGCAGAUUCAGAAGACGGCAGGAGGGGCACCCUGACAGUCCAGCUGAAGAACUUUAAAAGCUUUCAGGACACACAAACUACCCCAAACCGUCACCUUCCUUUACCCUCCGAACAGAUCUGAAGAUGACUCAUUAGUUUUCUAGUUUGUUUUUUUUAAUCAUAAUGUCUGUAUGAGAGUUAGGUCUGUGCUUGUUGAUCUGAAAAUAAGACGAUGAGUGUUGGCCAGAGCGUGUGUGUAAGGAGGUUUAAUCCUUUCCUUCAGUUUUCUUGGCGAAGCCGACCAUUUUCGUGUUAUCAGCUCUGGAAACUGUUUGUCUGCAUGUUGUUUUUGUCAAUAAAACAAACAAACAAAAAAAUACAUUGACUGCUUUUAUUUAUUUAUUCAAAGGGAGUUCGGUAUUGCAUACAAAAAAGGGAUAUAAAACAAAUUGUGAAAUUAAAAUUUCCAUUAGUGUAAGCCCUUCCAUGCCUUUAGAGGAUGACUAACCGCAGGCUACGUGACUGGCUCACAGUCAUCUUAUCACUGCCAUAAGGAAAUACAGUUUUGACAGAUAUAAUGAGCCAUUGUCAGUUUACAAGAAACCUGUUUCCUUACCCAUUAAACCCUUUCAAAAAAAAAAAAAAAA